GUUGAUAGAUUAACGCUGGCGAAUCCGCUAAUCGUACGGUGCGGCAGUUGGAGGUCUUCUCUUCGGCUGUUCUCCCUCUUUCAUUCCUAUUCUUUUUUCCCUCACUGCUUCCCGCAGCAUCGAGUCUUCUUCUUUUCAAGUCUGUACUUCUCCCUCGCCGCGCCUUCGCUUCUCUGCUGCAUUAGUGUUGCAGUCAGAAGAGACCCGUUGCAAGGGCAACAGAAGAACUGUUUUCUCAUUCGAGUUGAUUCUCUUUCUUUUUAGGGCGCAUUGCAGAGAUGGCCAGCACGCACACCCAAGUACAGCUGUUCUUCAAGUGCCAUAAGCUCAUCGAUGCCGACACCUUUUCAAAGAGCGAUCCGUACAUCGUGGUGUACGACCUCACGAUGAACGGACCCAAGAACGCCGUCGGACGUACCGAAACGAUUCGCGACAACUUGAAUCCCGUCUUUAAAACGCCGGUAUCGGUGAACUACUUCUUCGAGAUGCGGCAGGACAUCAAACUGGAUGUGUGGGACGAGGACAAGGGCAAGGCGGACGACUUCCUCGGCAAGGCAACUUUCACGAUGGGUCACCUCAUGUCGAGCCCCCAGUCCUCGCUGACGCUCAAACUGGAUACAAAGGGCACCGUGACAGUCACGGCGUCGCUGAUCGGGACGACAAAGGGAACGGCCGCCCUGCAGCUGCGCGGACGCGAACUGAAGAAGAUGAACGUCUUCGGUAAGACAGACGCGUUCAUCGUAAUCAGCCGUCUGCUGCCGACAGGUCAGAAGCGUCAGGUGCACAAGACAGAGGUCCAGAAGAAGACGCUGAACCCGCAGUGGAAGACAACGCCGCCACUCGACUUGGUGGACUUGUGCGGCGGUGAGACGGCGGCGCCGUGUAUUGCGCUGGACUGCUACAACGCGGAUUCCGGAAGCGGAGAGCCGAUGGGUGGGUGUGUCCUCUCCGCAGAGAAACUGAUAACGGGAGCAGUAAUUGAAAUGGAGCUCGUGUUGAAGAAGAAGGACAAGACAAAGUCGUACGGCUACCUUUCAAUUGACCGGUGCGACUACGUGAAGGGCUACGACUUCCUCGAAUACCUGCAGGCGGGAAUGGAAAUUAACAUCGCCUUCUCCAUCGACUUCACCGGGUCGAACGGACCGCCGAACGACCCGCGCUCGCUGCACUUCUACAACCCGCAACGGCCGAACAACUACAUCCGCGCGAUGCUGGCGGUGAGCGACGUGGUGCAGGAGUACGACAGCGACCGCAUGUUCCCCGCGUACGGCUUCGGCGCGAUUGCACCCUUCACCAACGGCACGAGCCACUUCUUUCCGCUGAGCGGCAACCCCGCGAACGCGUACCUGAGCGGGAUGCAGGCGGUGGUGGACACGUACGCGUCGCUGCUGCCGGUGCUGCGCUUCAGCGGGCCGACGAACUUCGCGCCGACGAUCCGCACGAUCACGGAUGGUGCGCGGCAGGCGCGUGGCGUGUACACGAUCCUGCUGAUACUGACGGACGGUGCGAUCACGGACAUGCAGGACACGAUCGACGCCAUCGUGGAGGCCGAUGACGCUCCUCUGUCCAUCGUGAUCAUCGGCAUCGGGCGAGCGGACUUCAGCUCGAUGGAAAGGUUGGAUGGCGACACAUUUCCGCUGCAGCAUCGUCGCGGCAAUACAACCCGUCGUGACCUGGUGCAGUUUGUCCCGUUUAACGAGUUCGAGAACAAGCCACCGAGUGCGCUCUCUGCGGCGGUGUUAGAGGAAAUUCCUCGCCAGGUGGAAGUCUGGGGCCGCAUUGCGCAACUCUCCCCAGCAGCGUUUCACAAGGGAUAG